GCUAAAAGUAACUACAUGCAUCGGCCGACGCGAGCAAGCGAGGCGCGCAUGCAAGGACAGAUAGAAAUGCUGCAACAGCAGUCUGCGACAGUCCAGUCCUCAAAACAGUUAGCCGACGGCGCGCCUCCAGGUAGUACGACGAGCACGUCUAAGUUACGUCCAUAUGUCCAUCUGGAAUUUGUGCUACUUGUUUUUGUACACUAUCCUCUUUAGUUUUUUUAUAUAGUGCUUCUCUAAUUCGAGAUCAAAUCGCCAAAGAUUUGAGCAACAAGGUCCGAGAAUUUCGAGAGGAUCUUGCCGAGAGGCGGAACUGGGGUGCUGCGGGUAAAUACCAGCACCAUUUGAAAAUGACGAAAGGUCAGAUUUCCCGGAAAGAAGCUGUUGAGCAUGAUCACCCAGAACUUGCACACGACAAGGCCCAUCAUCAUUUCACUAGCGGACUGCGUAGCGAUCAUGGGAAAAGUGGAGCUCUAGCGGGAGGAGGUAGUUUUAACAUGCAGCCGAAAACAAGAGCACAGUUAGAUAGUGAAGUCAUUGGAUGUUUAAUUUUGGGAGAGUUUAAAUUUGUUCUACUUGCUUCUUCAAGAUUCGCGUCAUCCCAUAACUACAGCUUCUUCGAAGUCGUCCACUCAUGAUCAUGCGACUUCAAUGCAGUCUGGUGCACACGCGUCAAAAGGAACCGGUCAUGCGGCGGAUUCUGGCAAGUCACCACUCUCGGACUCUCUGCGCGAUAUUCGAAGGAUGCGAAACGAGCUCGCCAACAAGGACCAGUCGCGCUCUGGAACCCUAGAGCAGUUGGAGUCGAGCUUUCGGGAAUAUUUUAUCGGUGGGUCAACUUCGGGAAGACCAAUGCAGGCAAACGACCCAGCCACAGCAUCAAGUGGUUUUUCUGAGUCGGAACACAAGCAGGAGCUAGAGAAAAUUCAACGACAGAAAGAUCUCGUUACCAAGUGGUUUCUAAAGACAGGUAGUCUCUCUCGUCGCUCAUCUUCACUUAAUAUUCUUGGUCCCGCUGCUGAAGGCCUUUCUCAAUUUUUGAUGACCACUUCUGAAUGAAACUCAGAACUUGUUUUGGUUUCUGAUAUCCUAUGGUCUUGCUCGCACAUUUUCUGGAAUCAGGUAAUACGGACGGAAAAGUCGAACUUGCCGGUGCUUCUGGGUACAAAGCGUUGUUGAGCAGCUUGAACGGCCUGAAAAGUGAAGUCGCUGCGCUAGUGCAAGAAGUAACGCCAGGAGAGCCUUCGAGUGGUUUCGGCCAAGAUGUGAUUGACCCUGAACAGCUAGAGCGUCUGGUUGAUCCUGCUUCACCAGAGCACGACGACACUUCCUCGCCGCUGCAUCAGAAAUUGCUUGCGGGUGGUGCGGAUGCCAUCACGGGUGGCUCACCUUCGCCGCAAAUGAUGGAGAUCGUACGUGAAGUGGAAUCACUCAAAAGUCAGAUCGAGGAAUACUUCAAUGCUGGAGGAGGAGCUGGGGGGUCCUCUUCGUCAUUUUUCUCGAGUGGAAACGGACUGCUGGGCUUGCCACUGGGUGGAGGGUCAACAACAGAUCCUUCCAUACUGAUGAGUGCCCGCUUGAAUCCAGAAAUUGCGGGAAUACGAGACGAGCUGCGCAUGCUUCGACAGGAAAUCGCCGCGGCGGCUUCGGUGACGGACGAUAAAAUGUCCUCCAAGGUACUUAUUUUGCCUAUCAAUUCAGGUGGCCUAGUAGUGUUGAUAUGAAAAUUACUGUGACUGUGGUCUGCUAGUUCUUCACCAUGCCACUCUCAUUUAAAAUGACCCACCAACCUCUACGUCAACGACCUGAUGAAAAUGAUGUUCAUGUUGAUUAUGCUGCAACCCGCAUCAGCUACUGUACUAUGCAGAGCCUGCUGGUGCAUCAACCGCGUCAUUUGCUGUGAGGGAUUGCGCAAAUGGCCGUAAAAAAGAGCAACUUUCAUCCGCCGCAUCGUCCUCAUCAAGUUCGUCAAAGAAAACUGCAAAUGUCGCCACCGGUAAAUGUGAAACUGCGUCUGCAACAUCGAGUUUGAGAAGAAGUUCGAAAAAUGAUGAUUCGUCGAACGACUCAAAGCAGCAGCCCUGGUCGGAGGAGAUGGCCCAGGUUUCUCUGCGUGAGCAACAACUUCGACGCGCGUCGCACGAGUCGAAUCGCAGCAUCGGCAGUGAGAGAACAACGCUGCAUCCUCAACAACUCGAUAGUGCGCCGCCAACAGCUUGCGAUGCGCACCAUCAGGAACCGCAGUGGUCGUCGACAACGUCUGUCGUCAUUGCGCCACAGGGCGGCGCAAUUUCUCGAAAGAGUUCGCGGAAAUCGACGUCGUCGAGCAAGCCUCCUCCCGCACCACCUUCGAUAACGAGCUACAGCUUGGUUGCCGUCGCGAAGGACGUUGGCAUACGUAGAAUUUCCUCGCAUGGACACCCGGGAGGUAUGUCUCCUUCACUGGGUGCAAACUCAGUGUCUGCUUCGCGAAAAAACGUUAACGUAACGAAAAGGACACUGCAGAAUAGGGAGCCAGACCUGAUAGAAGACGCGUGUGACCAGCAGCAAACAGAAGCCUUCUUGGAACCCGCACGACGCUCUCUGUCGCAUGGCAUGGCACCUACGCUGCAGCACGCUGAGGAUGCGUCGGCUUUAUCGCAUAGUCGCAGAAAGGUGGAGGAGCAUGGACUAAGUUCCUCUAGUUCUGCUUUUUCAGCAAAACAUUACCAAGAGCAACGUCACCUCGACGCAGGAAUAGCAGAGCGACACCAGCAUGAUCUCCCGCCUUAUCACACUCAUAGUGCGAUCUCAAAACUGGAAGAACAGCUGCAAGCGCAGAAUAUCCUUGGUGAUGACUCAGUACGGCCUAUCGGCACCACCAGUGAUACGACCGCUUCUCUAGUGACAAGUUUUCCGCACAGCGCUCGUGGAGGUGCCCAGGGUACGCAGCAUCAUCGUGCAGUACGUGGAAUGAGUAGGCCAGAGGAUGUUUCGAGAGUGAAGCCGGACGAUGGCGGGGCUCCAUUGGGAGGUGUGCCGGUUACAAGAGGAUCUUCGUAUCAGCAGGCCUUCAGUUUUGGUCAGCCUCCUGGAACACAACACCUCUUUCCCGCACCGAUGGGUUCAGUAGUGCUAGCUGGAGCUGGAGGUGGCGCUUCGGUGUGCAACAACUCGAUGCCAGGAAUCGGGGGAUCAGUCGUUGGAGUAGGGACACCAGGCGUACCGCUGUAUUCCUCUUCUUCUUCGGUUGUGGGAACACCGGGAGAUCCAGGGCAACUCCUAGGAAGCGCGAUUGAUAGAACGAACUCAGCCUGGCGUCGAUUCGACGCAGGAGGAACAUUGGAGUCUGUCGGAGCCAAGCAGCCGCAAGAACGAAUCAUGCCGUCAAGGCGACGAAGGCGGUAGCGUUGAGGCCUUCAGCUAUGUAAAAGCGACGAAGGGGACAGCUUUCAUGAGGCCUUUUGCAAAAUUGAGGCAUGAAUUGAUGUUCUACUUCUAGGUUGAAGUUCUUUCACUACAAUGUUUCUUGAACAAACUGCUAUAGAAUAAUACACCGGGGGUUUUGUGUCGAUUCGGUGUCCUCUAGUCUGGUAUUCAUUCACAAAACUGGGACGAUCGGAUUCAGGGCAGCAGGGGUUUCCUACUUUGUGCGACAAUCAUUUCGCAUUCAACUGUGGGUAGCAUGGGACAUCACAUGAUGAAGAGAAAG